CACCCUGAAAUCAAACCCUCACUUCUCACCCACACCACCAUCACAAACACAUGCUCCAUUCUCUCAUCCUUCUUCUCCUCGCCGCCUCGGCGGCCAUGGCGGCGCCGGCGCCGCCUCCGUCCGGCGACGUCGAAGCCACUGCUCUCCUUGCCAUCAAGGCAGCCUUCACUGACCACGACGGCGCCUUGGCGAGUUGGAGCUCUACCUCCCAUCAUUGCUCGUGGGUCGGCGUUGGCUGUGAUCUCACCCACCGUGUCGUCUCCCUUGAUAUCUCCUCCAUGAACCUCUCCGGCGUGCUUUCCGGUGAGAUCGCCGGCCUUCGCUCUCUCCUCAACCUCUCUGUUGCUGAGAACUCCGUCUCCGGCCCCAUCCCUCCUUUGCUUUCCCGCAUCUCCAACCUUCGGUUUCUUAAUCUCUCCAACAAUGUCUUCAAUGGAUCCUUCCCUUCUUCUCUCUCGCUGCUCAAGAACCUCCGUGUUUUGGAUUUGUAUAACAAUAACAUCACCGGAGAGUUGCCGGUUGAGGUGACGGAGCUGCGGAACCUCCGGCAUCUCCAUCUUGGUGGGAACUUCUUCUCCGGCGAGAUCCCACCGGAGUAUGGUAGGUGGGAGUUGCUUGAGUACCUUGCGGUCUCUGGAAACUCCCUCAUCGGCUCUAUUCCUCGUCAGCUCGGGGAUCUCGCCAAGCUCCAGUAUCUUUACCUAGGGUAUUUCAAUAGCUACUCCGGUGGCAUCCCGCCGGAGAUCGGGAACCUUUCAUCGCUUGUGCGGCUAGAUAUGGCCAACUGUGGCCUUUCCGGAGAGAUCCCGCCGGAGAUCGGGAACCUGGAGAACCUCGACACGUUGUUCCUGCAAGUGAAUGGCCUCUCUGGCGAGAUCCCACCGGAGAUGGGGAAGCUUAAGAGCCUCAGAUCGUUGGAUAUCUCCAACAAUGCGCUCACCGGGGAGAUGCCACCGAGCUUCGCCGAGCUGAGGAAUCUAACGCUUCUCAAUCUCUUCAGGAACAAGCUCUAUGGCGCAAUCCCGGAGUUCGUCGGAGAUCUGCCGGUGCUGGAGGUGCUCCAGCUCUGGGAAAAUAACUUCACUGAGAGCAUCCCUCGAAGCCUGGGGACGAGCGGGAGGCUUCAAGUACUUGAUGUCUCAUCCAACAAGCUAACGGGAAGUCUCCCGCCGGAGCUCUGCUCCGGUGCCAAGCUUCACACGCUCAUAGCUCUGGGGAAUUUCCUCUUCGGCCCCAUUCCGGAAACUCUCGGCGUUUGUCAAUCUCUUGUGAAGAUCCGACUGGGAGACAACUACCUCAACGGAACCAUUCCCGCCGAUCUCUUCAGCCUUCCGAAUCUACAGCAGGUCGAGCUCCAAAAUAACCUCCUCGCCGGCGGGUUCCCGGACACGGGGAUGUCGGAGAUCUCGGUGAAUCUAGACCAGAUUAGCCUCUCGGCCAACCACCUCUCCGGCCCCAUUCCUUCGUCCAUCGGGAACUACUCUGGUAUCCAGAAACUUCUUCUCAAUCAGAACCUCUUCUCCGGCGAAAUCCCGCCGGAGAUUGGCCGGCUGCAGCAGCUCUCCAAGCUUGAUUUAAGCGGGAACCGCUUCUCUGGCGCCAUCACUCCUGAGAUCAGCGAAUGCAAGUCGCUGGCGUUGCUAGACCUCAGCCGGAACAAUCUCAGUGGCGAGAUCCCGGCGGAGAUCACUGAAAUGCGGAUCCUGAACUACCUCAACCUCUCCAGGAACCAGCUGCAGGGGAGCAUCCCAGCAUCGAUUGCCACGAUGCAGAGCCUCACGGCCAUUGAUCUCUCAUUCAACAACCUCUCCGGCGUCGUCCCGAGCACCGGCCAGUUCGGCUACUUCAACUCCUCUUCGUUUGUUGGCAACCCCUCUCUCUGCGGGCCUUUCCUCGGUGCUUGCAUUUCCGCAAACACCUCCGGUGGAGGUCAUUCUAGGGGUCCGCUCUCGGCGCCAUUCAAGCUUCUUCUGGUUUUUGGUUUGCUGACAUUCUCCAUCUUGUUCGCCAUUGCCGCCAUUCUAAAAGCUCGGUCUCUCAAGAAGGCAAGCGCAGCUCGAGCAUGGAAGCUGAAUGCUUUCCAGCGUCUCGACUUUAGCUGCAAUGAUGUGCUUGAUUGCUUGAAGGAGGAGAACAUCAUCGGAAAAGGUGGCGCCGGAGUUGUGUACAAAGGCAUUAUGCCGAAUGGUGAGCAAGUGGCGGUCAAGCGGCUCUCAGCGAUGACUCGGGCUGGUUCUUUACAUGAUCAUGGGUUCUCGGCAGAGAUACAGACACUUGGGAGGAUCCGUCACAGGCACAUUGUUAGAUUGUUGGGGUUUUGCUCCAACCGUAACACAAAUUUGUUGGUGUUUGAGUAUAUGCCUAAUGGGAGCCUUGGGGAGGUUCUCCAUGGCAAGAAGGGUGAGCAUUUGCUCUGGGAUACUAGGUACAGGAUUGCAAUUGAUGCAGCCAAGGGGCUUUGCUAUCUUCACCAUGAUUGCUCUCCGGCGAUCCUUCAUCGUGAUGUAAAGUCCAACAAUAUCCUUCUUGAUUCUGACUUUGAAGCUCAUGUGGCAGAUUUUGGCUUGGCCAAGUUCUUGCAGGCUUCUGGUAACUCAGAGUGCAUGUCUGCUAUUGCCGGUUCUUAUGGCUAUAUUGCCCCAGAGUAUGCAUACACACUGAAGGUAGACGAGAAAAGUGAUGUGUACAGCUUCGGUGUUGUGCUUCUAGAGCUUGUAACUGGGAAAAAACCCGUCGGUGAGUUUGGUGACGGCGUAGAUAUUGUGCAAUGGGUUCACAAGAUGACUGGCUCAAACAAGGAAGACGUGCAAAAGAUCCUCGACGCGAGGCUCUUGACAGUGCCCCUCCAUGAAGCAAUGCACUUAUUCCAUGUCGCAAUGCUCUGCGUGUCAGAACAAAGCAUCGAACGCCCAACAAUGCGCGAAGUAGUCCAGAUACUCACUGAACUCCCAAGAUCCUCAUCAACUGAACAAGAAGAAGAUGAAUCCUCAAUUAAAGCAACCACCAUUGCCCCUGCUGAAAGCAAAGAAACUCCCCCUCCUGAUCUUCUCAGCAUUUAGAAUGCUACUGCUCCUGCUGCCAUAGACUUUGAGAGCUUAUUUGGUUUUAAUCCGAGUAGGGACUUUCUGGUACAUGACUACGUACAUAGGUAUGGAUCUAUUGUUUGCAUGUAAUUUUCAUUGGUGUCUUAUCAACUGUUCUGGAUUUAAAUGUUUCCUCCACAUAGCAGGUCUAUUAUUCUGACACCUUUCUCA